AUGGACGGGACGCUUCAUGUCGGGGCUUGGGAUUGGGUUGGGCUGAACCCUGGUAGAUCAUCAGGGACAGGGCCCAACCAACAGCAGGCUGAAAUCCAAGAUGGAUGGAUGGACGAGGUCAAGGUUUUUGGGCGUCUUGGUCGGUUAUGCUGUUCGGGCAGUGAUCGGCCUCUCGUCGUCGCACUAAGUGAGGCCAUCCGGUGCGGCUGUCCCGCGCAUGAAGCCAUCGGGACCGUAGCACUGGAGCCAAAACUCGUGAGAGUUGCCAUCUACUUCCACGUGGAUUUCCCAGCAAACGUCCGUGGUGGAUUGCUUCUUCCCACGAGAUCUUACACGUCACCGCACGGAACUCGAUCUGUGCCUGAGCACGCGAAUAGACGUGUUCAGGGCUGGCUUCUAGAAUGCCGUAUCCUGCAUACGCAGUACGAAGUACAUCGGCAGUUGGAGCCCACAGCUGACAGCCAACAGCCGCACCCUCUACGCGACCCUCCUUUCAUUUAUUCCCCCAAUGGGCUGGGCUGGGGCUGCCAGACGAGGGCCUUCCGGGACGUGUUCCGCUAG